GGGGUCGACGGGGGGAGCACCGGAGCACCCACUGGCCCCGCUGGCCUCAUGCGCAAACCCUGCCCUGCUUCAUUCUCUACCUUCAGGACUCUGCCCAAGGGGAAAGGAAAACAGGUGCCCUAACCGCCGGAGGCGGAGGUGAGCGGCGCGUCCCCGGCUCCUCGACGGGGAGUAGCAAGCCAGGACCGCAGGGAUGAGGAAUUUUUCCAAGAAUGACUUCACCAACAGUAGCUUCCCUUUUGCCCAGUAGGCCAGGACAGCGGGGAUGAGGAAUGUUUCCAAGAAUGACUUCACCUACAGUAGCUUCCCUUUUGCCUAGUAGGCCAGGACUGUGGGAAUGAGGAAGACGUAGUGGCUGCUGGACGGCAUAUCGCCGCUGAGCCGCGGCAGCUCCUGUGGCUUUUGCCUGCGUGCAUGGCGGACAGUGUCUCCUUCCGGUGUGGUGCAGCAGCUCCUCCGGUGCCUGGCCAGUACUGUGACGCAGAAGCAGACGGUGACUGCAGCAAAGUCGUGGUGGCCAGUGCCACGUGGAUGCAUCGGCGGGGGGCCUUUUGGAGUCGGGAAAUUCCUGGGACAAGAAUCUAAAGCGAAGGAAUUGAGCAAUGUGUGUGAUUUGGAUUUGGGAGAGAACAUGUGGCCAUGUGGGGGAAUUUUGGAGAAGAUGCCGUGGAAAUAUUAGAGAAGACGAAAGGACAAGAUGGACCUCUCAUCUCAGGAUCAGACAACACAACAACAACAAAAACGAAAUGGCCGAAGAGUAGUUGGUAGCUCUCAAAUCUGGACACGGUAUGGUGUUCUGCUACCAAGCCAGCAGACAAGGAAGCUAAAAGAAUGGGUCCUAACUGAUGAACAACAACAGCUAGUCAGUGCUAGUGGCCUUGGACAUCUUGCUCUUACCACCGGAUUUACCAUCGAUCGUUCUUUGCUUACAGCCUUUUGUGAGAGAUGGGACAAUGAAACAAAUACUGCACAUUUCAUGGGAUUUGAAAUGGCUCCUUCUCUCCGUGAUGUUUCAUACAUUCUUGGAAUUCCAGUGACCGGUCAUGUAGUGACUGCAGAACCCAUUGGUGAUGAAGCUGUGAAGCGGAUGUGCUGUCAUUACUUAGGAGAGAGCCCUGGUAGUGGGGAGCAACUAUGUGGCUUGAUCAGAUUGACUUGGUUGUACAGGAAAUUCCAUCAACUGCCAGAGAACCCCACCAUCAAUGAUAUUGUAUUUAGCACCAGAGCAUACCUUCUAUAUCUGGUUGGCUCUACCUUGUUUCCUGACACAAUGAGGGGAUUUGUAUCCCCAAGAUAUCUACCACUUUUGGGUGAUUUUGGGAAGAUACAUGAGUAUGCUUGGGGGGCUGCUGCCCUUGCUCAUUUGUAUAGAGGAUUGUCUGUUGCAGUAACGCCAAACUCUACCACCCAGUUCCUCGGCAGUGCAACUUUGCUCAUGGCCUGGAUUUAUGAGUAUUUUCCGUUAACUCAACCCCAACAAAAGAAUCAGAACACCUUACUGCCUCGGGCAUGCCGAUGGAACUUUGGAGGAGUGACACGUGGACAGAGAAAGAAUGUUAUGGAAUGGGGAAAGGUUUUCGAGCAGCUUCAGUUGUCUGAUGUCAACUGGAAUCCUUACAAAGACAUAAACCCAGCUAUUGUUCCAGGCUAUUGCAUUGCAGCAGAUAACGUUUGCUACUCCCGUACAUGGCUAAUCAGCUUUAACAUUAAAGAGGUGUAUGUACCUGACCGGUUUACUAGGCAGUUUGGGAGGGAGCAAGGUCGCCUCCAUGGGGUGCCAAUGUGGGCAAGAAGAACUUGGAGUAAGGGGAAGGACUGGAGGAUUGAGUAUGCUCGUGAGAUUGAGGACUUCCAUCAAUUGGUUGGCUGUCAUUUCACCCCUUCUGCAGAAACUAAUAUCAACUCCCUCCCGAAUUGGUCUAUAGCCGGACAGAGUACUACAGGAUGCAGUCGGAAUGCCCCUCAAAACUUCUCUGUGAUGGUUGAAGAUCUGAAGAAUGAUCUCCCAGUAAUUGAUCGCUAUCUGGAGGGACAGUUACUGCCUGUGGAGGUCGCAAGCUUCCUAGAGAGGGUCAGUACGAUGAUCAAAACUUACUCCCCACCACAGAGCAGUCAAAGAAAAGAGCAAGCAGCCCAGGGCCAAAAUCGCACUGUUAGUGCAAAGAACCCAAGAAAGAGGGUAAAACCUUUGAUCGCUCAAGAUCCUUCGAGCCCUCAGGAUUCCCUGCUAUAUCAAAAUCCAGGUGUGCUGGUACCUAAUCAGGCUACCAAGAGUAACAGGGUGCUGGAUGGCACUGUACCUUUGCUAAACGGAGAAGUGUUCAAGGAACAUGAGGCCAUGGAUCCCUGGCAAAUGUCGCAUUUGGCGGCGGAGUCCUCUUCCUCACCAGACUCUAGCUCCCAGGAAUCAAGAAAGCGGAGGCAAUGCCCUGACGAAGCCAGAACCCCAAGGAGUAAUGAAGUCCUCCGAAGGAGUGGAAGGCUCUGCGUGCAGCUCAAAAUGUUCAAGCACAAGGACGGAGUGGGGGCAGAGGAGACCAACCCGAUCUUUCUCUGAUGGACACCGACAUCCCUGGCCGGUUUUCGCAUUGUACAAAGUAGUGGACAGCUUGUGGGGUUCUGGGCCUUGCUCGUAGUGAGUGAAACCCAGCCUUUUGCGUUUUAGAUAGCUUAUCUCUCCCUCUAGCUUAUGUGCAACUCUGUGGUAUAUGCACUGUAGGAUGUCCUCUCCAGUCUUCGGUAAAUCUGCAGCUCUUUUCUAACCUUUGUGUUGUGUGUUGUGAUGACGCCCGAGCCUUGUUGCCUUCUGUUUUGGUGCAGACAUGCAAGUGCUAUGGUCUCUCGAGCUGAUCUACUUUGAUAACAUCCAGACAAUACACCGUGAAAGCUGGGAGAAAUAUCGUUUCCAAAUA